AUUUAUGUAGGAUGACUGAACGGCGGAGGAAGUCAUCUUGCAUCUGACGGACUUACUUGACAGAUGAAUGCGAUGGCUGUGCUAGGAAGAAUGACAUGUUACGAAGACAGAUGAUACACCAGACUCGUUUCUUCCCAGACCGAAGAGCAUCGUCAUACAGAGAACCAUUGCCUAGGAAGGAGGCAGUGAGGUCAACAUGAAGCGAGUUGUGGCCUUUGGGAUCGUCUGCUCGGCAGCCAUCUUGUUUUUACUGGUUGCGUACAGCAAGCUCUCGGAGGAUGGACUGAUACGAAGAGGUCUGACACUAACCACCGGCAGCGGUAGCACCAAGGAAUCCUUUCUAUAUAGACACCAGGAAGACUUACUCUCAAAUUUAACUUUUCCAAAGCAGCCAACGCUCACAUCUGCUGAGGCACUUAUCGAUGAGGCUUCGUCUGAUGUUUCUAGUUCCGUUGAUGAAGGAUUCGUAGAUAUUGCUAAUAUUCAGAAGGAGGUAAAUGAAGAAACGACUAAAAGGCAAAAUGAUAAUAAACCUAUUGUUGUUGUAGUAUUGGCUCAAAUGAGGACAGGGUCGUCUUUAGUCGGAGAGAUUUUUAAUCAGAAUCCGUCAAUUUUUUAUAUGUUUGAGCCGCUCCAUGCCGUGGAUAGCUUUAUUCGUCACCAUUCUGCAGCAGCACUUCGGAGGCAGGGACUCUCUAUUUCUCUCCUUAGCAUGAUCACCAAAUGUAAAUUUACUCCAGAAUUUAUUGACAGUUUAUCAAAAUGGCCGCUGGGAAAGGCUAAAAGCAGUGGGUUUCUGCCUAUAUGCAAAGCCAGCGAUGGUUGUAGACAUGCCUCGCAUUUUCUCAUCGAAGAAAGGUGCCGGGCGUUUGGAGGUCGCAUCGGCAUGAAGACCAUUAGGGCUGAUUUGAAUAUGCUGAAACCGCUUGUCGAGAAGGACAAGGUCAAUCUCAAGGUCAUUCACCUGGUACGAGAUCCCAGAGGAACUGCUAAUUCCCGUCGGUCAUAUUACGGGGACAGGCGGACGAAACAGCAACAGAUGUCCAGAAAGGGCAUGUCCAAACCCCAGGUGCUUCCGAAGAUGUCUUUGAAAACCCUAGGACUGCUGGAGGAGAACCCACGGUAUCAUAUCAACACCAUUAGUAAGUACUGCAAGUGGAUCAGCGAGAACAUCCCCUUGGCCAGGUCUCGACCCUCGUGGCUGGAGGAUCGCUACAUGUUUGUUCGCUACGAGGACCUGGCGCUGAAUCCUGUCACCGUCUCAGAGGAGAUCUAUGAUUUUGUAGGACUUACCAUGCCCCGUGUCAUCCAGGAAUGGCUGCGCAACAAUACUAAUCAGAAUAAUUACCAAAACAGAACCUUUGGCAUGCAGAAGAACUCCAAAGAGGUCAUGCAGAGCUGGCGCCACUCACUACCAUACGAGGAAGUCGUCCAAGUCCAGGACAUCUGUGGGUCAGCUAUGGCCAUUGGUGGAUAUAAACAAGUGCAGAGGCCAAGCGAUCUGACGAACAUGUCUUUUGAUACAUUAGAACCCCUUUUUUAGGAUGCCAGUAGGAUUGGUACAGCUGUGUGAAAAAGAUAUGCUAUGAUUGGGAAUGUGUUGAAUAGCCAUGGUCAAAGUGAGCAACUUGCCAUUUUAUAACUGUUCGCCCUCCCCCAUCUCCCUUUUUUAAAGCUCUUUUGUAGAUGUCUUGUUUCCUUCAUAAACAAUGGCUAGAAAACAUCCUCCGUGUAUUUUUUUACUUGCUGUAUACUGCCUGAAUGAUCUGUAGAAGAGCUCCAACAGAAUGGUGCUCAAUGAAUAUACAUUUCGGGAAAGAAGAGAAUCCAAAACGAGUAAAAAAUAAUCUUUUAUUUUCAGGGCAUUGAUUGCCUAUAUGUACAUCUGUAACGUUGGAUAGGCUUUAAGAUUGUGGCCAGUAGGAAAUUUCAGGUCUCUCAAGCAUUUUGGGGCGAUAUUGACUUGAGCCUUUGUGUGAUUUUUUCAUAGUCCUGAAGAUCUAAAUACUGUAUUUCUUUUGAUGUUUUUCUACUAGGGAGAUGUUCAUAAAGGUACAUGUAGGAUAACAAAAUUUAUUUCUAUCACCUUACAGACAUGCCAAACAGUUCCCUUUUUAGAGUAUUUGUUCCUCUUUUUUGCUAUAAAUACACCAAUACUUUUUUGUAUGAUUUGUUACUUAAAAAAUUUUUCCGAUCAUGGAGUAUGUAUUAUACGUUACACCAGCGCCUGUCAGACAGUCUCAGACUGGUAAAAGUCACUGUCGGACCAGUAACUUGUUGCAUGAAAAGAACAAGUAAAUUCUUGCCUACGAGCACAUGUUUAAAAGGGUGAAUUAUCAAGUUUUCAAGUAGAGUACAUGUAAUUUCACAUGUUUUUUCACCGAUCUCACUACAACAGGCUGGCAAUCGUUUGUUGAGAUAAAUUUUUUUAAAUACUCUUUUUGUCAAAAAAUACUUUUUUUUCCUUAUAAGAAUACUUUUUUUGGUUGAAGAAGGUUGGCAGAUCUGACCUUUGAGCAAUUACUGCAUCCAGGUUUUCUUUUUCUUUUUUGACCUCCAGUUUUGUAGAAAAUGGCUGUUAAGAAGGGAAAAUAAACCGAAUGGGAUAAUUGCACGAGGUGAAUAAGGGCUCAGACUUCUUUCAUGGUGCUUUGCAGGGAUGAAGUCGAGGCCGGCCUCAUGGCCACAUUUUGGUGGCCUCGGCCUGAGUCACAUUUACAAGGUCUAUGGACAAAUUUUUUCUCUAGUGGCCUCUUGGCUCUGAAGCUCCAGCCUUCAUUACAUCUCGGUGCUUUGAACCUUGUGCUUUUGUGUGCUUUAUUAUUAGUACAUGCCCCAUAUUUGGACAAUUUUGGGGAAAACAAAUAGUUCAUAUCAUGACUUUGAUGGUUUUCCAGUGUAUAUUCUUUUGGGAAUUUGUUUACUUUUAUAUUCAAAGACUUGUUGUGGUGGUUAACUUCCAACUGGUAAUUUUUUUAUACAAAAAUCAGCCAAAAUUUGGACGUUAUCAUGAAGUAUUCCACUCUCAAACAAUAUCCCCUCCCCUACCACCGCACAACACCCUACCUAUGGCUAUGCAGACAAUUUACUAUUGUAUAGUGUAAAUUGUACAUGUAGUUGUCAAGUUAAUUCAUUUGCUAUUUUGUGCUAUUCUUACCAUUAUAAAGUAUUGUUCCUCUUGCAUGUGCAAUCUAAGGACAUUUGAUUCUUUUAA